AAUUCAAUGAGGUGAGUGGGAGAGUUGCUGUGGGAGUCUUGAAGCUGCUGCUGCGGCGGGAGAGGUUGAGCGAAGAGGGACCGAGGAGGGGGAGGAGGAAGAAGAAGAGCAUCGGAUCAGGGAAGCAGUGGCUGCUGGAUGCGUUAGUGGAUCGCCAGAUUGACGACUGAACCAUUGUUGUUGUUGCUUUUCGACGGAGGAGGUAGCUUGUGGGAUCAAUAGUAGUCUGUGAUCGUAGGUUGUAUAGCGGAUUGUAGUGUUUCGAUGGGGAAGCUAGUGUCAACUUUGGCCAUGGUGAUCGCGGCGUUGCUCGUGGUGGUGCUGUGCGGAGCUGGAUCUGCGUCUGCAUUGUAUGGGCCGUCUUCCGACGUGGUGCAGUUAACUUCGUCGAAUUUUAAGAACAAGGUUCUUGGAGCAGAGGGGAUAGUCUUGGUGGAGUUCUAUGCCAACUGGUGUGGGCAUUGUAAGAAUUUGGCACCAGCAUGGGAAAAAGCAGCAACCUCUUUGAAAGGCAUUGUCACAGUGGCAGCAGUAGACGCGGAUACACACAAGGAUUUGGCACAGCAAUAUGGAAUUCAAGGGUUUCCAACUAUUAAGGUCUUUGGGUUGGGAAAAUCACCAAUAGACUAUCAGGGUGCACGAGAGGCUAAAGCUAUCGUGGAUUAUGCUCUCCAGCAGGUCAAAACACUGGCUCUGGACCGGUUGAAUGGCAAGUCUGGGUCAAAGAAGUCAAGCUCAAAGAAGGAUAAAGACUCAAACGGACCCAGCGCCUCAACGGAGCUCUCAUCCUCCAACUUUGAUAAACUGGUUGUUCAAAGUGACGACACAUGGCUCAUUGAGUUUUAUGCACCUUGGUGUGGUCAUUGCAAGAAGCUGGCUCCAGAGUGGAAGACUGCAGCGAAGAACUUGAAGGGCAAGAUGAAAUUAGGUCAAGUGGAUUGCGAAACAAACAAGGAUUUGGCUCAAAAGUAUGGAAUUCAAGGUUUCCCUACCAUAAUGCUUUUUGGAGUUGAUAAAGAAAACCCAACGCUUUACGAAGGUGCAAGAACGGCUGGUGCUAUUGAAUCCUAUGCAAUCUCUCAACUGGAACUCAAUGUGGCAGCUCCAGAGGUUGUGGAGCUGGUGGGGCAGGAUGUGCUGGACAAAGAAUGUGGCUCUGCUGCUAUCUGUUUUGUGUCAUUUUUACCUGACAUUCUGGACUCCAAAGCUGAGGGUCGCAACAAAUACCUAGCAACUUUGCGGAACGUUGCGGAGAAAUAUAAAAGAAAUGCUUACAGGUAUGUGUGGACUGCAGCAGGCAAGCAGCCAGAUCUUGAGAAAGCAGUGGGUGUUGGUGGGUUUGGGUAUCCAGCUAUGGUUGCACUAAAUGUGAAGAAAGCCGUCUAUGCUCCUCUUCGUGGCGCUUUUGAGCAAGAACCUGUCAUGAAAUUUGUGGCUGAGGCAGGGAAAGGAGGCAGGGGCAUCGUACCUUUGCAAUCAGUACCGCCAGUUCUGACUACUGAACCAUGGGACGGGAAGGAUGGACACCUCAUUGAAGAGGAUGAAUUUUCACUGGAUGAGCUCAUGGGUGACGAUGAGACCAAGAAUGACGAGCUUUAGAAAUCACUUGACCUUUCAAACGGUUAUCUGUUGAAUGAGAUAUACUAGCGACGUAUUCUCCGACAGAUUCUCAUUGAUUGUCUUGACUUAGGUUCUUCCCACCUCUUCUUUACAGUUUUGGUCGAGGAUACAAACAUAACGAAUUAAUUUCCCUGUGGCUUCAUUGUCUGUGAAUGUGUGUGAAUUUGGUUCUAUUCGAUGAA